UAAACAGACAGGAAGACACCUGAGAACUUCAGAACUGUGCCCUGGAUAUGACCACACCUGUGACUGAUCUUAUCAAACUGAUUUUAGUGAAGAAGGCGCACUCUCUCACACAACAGAGCUGUCAACACACAGAGGGCUGUUAAACAAGGGCAAAGAGAGGCAGUGAGGAGCUGAAGUCAGUGCGUCUCCUCCUAAACUCAUCUGUCCCAUCAUGGCUCUUUCAGGAUCUCAGUCACCGGAUGAUGCUCUGCACGGCUCUUGGGUGGAGCUGGAGGGUCAGAGAGAAGAUACAGUGGGACCACAGGACACAACGGCCUCUAUACUGCAGGGGGAGCUAGAGAGAAUCCUGCUGGAAGCUCAGCUGGAGUGUGAGAGGAGUAGUCAAACUGAGAGUCCUCCGCAGGUCAUGACCCCAAGAAAAUCCGGGUCACCCAAACCAGCCAGUGAGGGCGGCAGCAGCAGCAGCACAGAUUGUGUUACUAUACAGUCAGAUGAGAGUGACAGAAGGGUGAGUGCUGAAUGGGUGUGGGAUUGGUCCAGUCGGCCAGAGAACCUGCCACCCAAGGAGUUUGUGUUUCAUCACCCAAAGCAGUCCCUGAGCGUGAGGAAGACAGAGGUGAUGAAGAGAGGCUUGUUUUCUUCAGAUGUGCUCCUCAUCCUCCUCCCUUCUCUGCUUGCCUCACAUGCUCUGACAUUGGGUUUGGGAAUAUACAUCGGCAAACGACUGGCAUCCUCAUCUACCAGCACGCUGUGACAUGUGACCUUCGGCAGCUCACCAAGUGGCACUGUAGCUCAAUCACGCCUCUUUUCUCUUCCUUUGAUGGGGCAAAUGAGAGAGCAAAGCCCCUCUCAACACUGUCUGUAUCUGUCCAAGUCUGUCUCUCUGUCUUCACACCUUUAAAGGGGUCAUAUCAUGAGGAAUGAAAUCGUUGUUGAUCUUUUGAACCAAAAAAAGUACAUUUUUGUGUGUAGCACCUGCAGCUCUGCAGAUCCUUCUGAAUAAUCCCAAAAAGAGGGAUUACUGUUUUUGAAAAAACAAUUACAUUAUACUAACAUUCUAAGCAAGACUGUAUGUUUUGACCAACCUGGUCUCACAGAACAACAUUUUUGCUAAAUGAGUUCUACGUAUCUUAACAAUUUUCUGGUGAAAUGAACACUAGAGGCGCAACAACGAGUUUUAUUCACUCUCACACAUUUCACGAGUAAAAUGGCAGAUCAGCAGUUGAAAAAGCUCUGUUACUCUCAAAAUGCUAUCUUAUGAAAUCGAAACACUUUUAUAUAACGCAUGAUUUAAAAGACCAUACGCUUUAACGCUUGCAAAACAUAAUCAACUACAAUUACAAGCUUAUUCCAGUGUGACUAAGUGCGGAAGACCUGGGUACGAGUCCUAAAGAGCACGCGAGUCGACGCGUGAGCUGAAACUGCCAUAGAAGCGCCACGAAAUGACGUGGUUGCUUCAGUAAUUGCGUUUUUCAUCUCACAUUUGCUUUUAUGACACUAUUGAUUAGGUUUAAGGUUUAGGGUAGGGAGGAAGAUUUUGUUGAUUUAAAACGCCAUAGUGCAUUGACCUUAAAAACCUAAUCUGUUUGGGAGAAUAUUUAACUUGCUUUUAGCGCCACACAGUGGACAUUUCACCUCGGAAAUGCUGCAAUACAUGUAAUGAACCAUGUAAUUUCAUUUAGCAAAAAUGUCACUACAUUCACAGACUUUUCCUGAGAUCAGGCUGUAUAUGACCUCUUUAACAUCCUGUGUAUGCAUCUUUAGGACUAGAGACUGUCCACCAUAUUGUUUGUUGUAGUUGUUUCACUUUUAUUGUCAAACUGCGACUCCAAAAAGAAAUGUGUUCAUUGAAAAUACACUGAAAUUUGGUGCAGACAGAGAGGAGCAAACCAUCAUUGAGAAGCGUGCAAAAGAGAGUGAGCGAGCAAAUUAAAGACAAACAGUAUUAACAGACAUAUCUUAACAUCAAAUGGAAGAUAUAUUCAGGAUGAAUGGGAAGCAUUUAAUUUCAGAGAGGUUUUGACUGUGUACUGUUUGUCUGAAGUGGAAAUGCAGGAGUGGAACAAAACAAAAAAAUUGGGUUUGCAGUAAAUUGUGCGUUAACUUGUGAAAGUAAUUGGAGGUUAGAUCUCAUUUGUAAUGUCUCGACCACAAUAAAUGUCAGUUACCAGCUAA